CUUCGUGCCUCCCCCAGUCGUCUACUCAGAACAAAACAAGGAAACCCUAAUUUUCUCUCUCUCCCACCAUUUAUUUGCUUAUAAAUACCCCUUCUCAAUUCUUCUCAUCUCUUCCAGGCGUUACCGCUUUGAAAUGCUAUAAAAAAAAAAAAAAUUGGGUUGGGAAAAGCCCCAAUUUCAAAACAAGUUCUUUAAUUUAUACCCAAAUUUCCAAGUUUGUAUGUGUAUAUAUUGGAAUUAGGGUUUGUUUUGAAGAUUUAAGAUGGAGAGAUCUGCGGCGGUGGGAAAGACGUUCUCGGCGUUUGUGAAAUGGGAAGAAGUUUUUUCGACAAAUCAUAAGGGAAGAAGAGAGGUAAGAUACUAUUUGAAACGGCGGGAUGGCACUUCCGUUUUGGCUGUCGUUGGCAAAGAGAAGAAUUCUGGGCAUAAUAUGAAACCGUCGUCGUCUUCUUCGUAUCCAUAUCGAUAUGCAAUUCGUGACAAAUCGCUCUUUUUGUCGACGAAUUUACCCUUUGAAUUUUAUUCCAAGCUCAGAUCUCGAAGAGAGGUUAUUGAUUGGUUAAGCUCCUUUGUUACAGAUGGUUCUUUUUCUCGGCCACCUCAACCUGUGGAUGGUUUCCUGGGAGCAGGAGAUGCCUUGAGGGUGAACUUAGAAACCUUUACGGAUGUUCACUUGCAUAAGAUGAGCCAGCAUACUGCAGAGUUUCUAUGGGUGGGUUCUGCUUGGACUUGCAGGAAAAAGAGGAAGCACUAUGAAGCUUAUAGCCGUAGUGGUGUUAGAAUCUCGGUUCACAAUUUUGUAUAUGUAUUGGCUGAAGAGGGCAAACGACUUGUUGCUUACUUGGAUGAUUUGUACGAGGAUUCCAGAGGAAACAAAAUGGCCGUGGUACGAUGGUUUCACAAAGUUGAUGAGGUUGGUCUUGAUUUACCUCAUAGUUAUAAUGACAAAGAGAUUUUCUUUUCACUUUGUCUUCAAGAUCUUAGCAUCGAGUGCAUAGAUGGGCUGGCAACUGUUCUCAGUCCUCAGCACUAUGAGAAGUUUCUCAAAGUGGAUGCACACACAAAGUUGGACCCGUUUGUAUGCCGACAUCAGUUUGAUAAUGAAGUUGUCAAGCCAUUCGACAUAACUCAAGUUAAAGGUUACUGGAAGCAAAACAUACAUAGAUUCAUGUCUUUAACCACUUCCAACGGUUGUCCUAAGCUUCAGUCUACUGACGCCACUAAGUUGGAAAGUAGUCAUCUUGAUGCUGUUGGGAUCAGACCCAGAAAGAAACUUCGGCGAUUAGUAGACACAGAAAUGCAAGCUGUGCCUACUACCAUAAAAGAGGCUGGAGUGUCAGGCCCUCUUGACGGUGAAGUUAAUUUCAAGGAGAGAACAUUAGCAGAAUAUGCUUCGAUGCAGAAACAUCAAUACACAAUAGGUUCUGAAAUUGAAGUGCUAUCACAAGAUAGUGGCAUCAGAGGUAUUUGGUUCAAGGCUGUGGUUAUCAAGAAGCAUAAAGAUAAGCUUAAAGUGAGGUAUCAGGAUAUCAAGGAUGCAGACAAUGAAUCUAUCAAUCUUGAGGAAUGGAUUUUGUCAUCCAGAGUUGCGGCUCCUGACCAUUUGGGAAUCCGGCAUUGUGGAAGAAUGACUAUUAGGCCAUCCCGAUUGUGCAAGAAUAGUGAUGUUUGUUUCGUUGAUGUUGGUUGCAUUGUGGAUGCAUGGUUGCACGAUGGAUGGUGGGAAGGGAUUGUGGUUCAUAAAGAAUCUGAUGAUAGAAUCCAUGUGUAUUUUCCAGGGGAAAAGCAAAGAUCAAUUUUGGGGUGCAAGGAUUUGAGAUAUUCCGAAGAAUGGUUAGGAGAUCGGUGGAAACAAAUGAAGAGCAGACCCGAUCUUCUUGGCCCAAUUUCUUCUGCCAUUGAAACUAAUUCACAAACUACUAAAUCCCAUGAUAAUGGAUCCAGUCUAACCGGAACUAUUCACGAUAAGGAGCUAAGCUCGGGACCGAAAGACAAUUCCCUAGAAAAUAGUGUUGUAGGUAGAGAUUUUGAAGUGGUUGACCAUGCGGAUUUUCUAACUCAUUUGAACUGGAAAUGGUCAGCCAGAAAGCGGCAUGGGAAGAACCCAUCUCACAGGCUGCAACGUCAUGCUUCAAAGACUAACGAUGUAGUAGCAGUGGAAACAAGAAAGCGUAAUCGGCUUCUGAUGGUUAAAAUGGAUCAUGUGAAGUGCAAAUUCACAUGUGAAUCUUCUCUUUUUCGCUCUUCAGUUGCUUCUUCCCCGUUAACAAGCUUAGCUAUGUCCAGGUAAAAAUCGCGUCUUCCAAAUGCUAGUUUGCACAUUUAGCAAUUCCGCAGGUAUAGUUUGUAGGAUUAGGAGGAUAUUUCUUUUAUCCGUGUUAUAUAAUUUUGUUCCUCAUAGCGUGUAAUGAAUAGGGAAAAAUGCGAAGCUUAGACUAACGUAGUGAGGCAUAGUUUUGUAGCCAUUUCUGUAUAUCAUGGUUUUUGUUGUUUCUACAAAGGCCUUCGAUUCAUA